AUGAAAAUCAAUAGAUGCUCACGAAAAUUGGAAAUGAAGCCAUUCAAAGGUGUUUCUGGUAGACGCUGCAAGCGCAAAUCAAAGUGCACAAAGGUUGAAGUCAAGCAAGAGCCGGUGAUUAAAGAAGAGCUCAAUGACGGUGACGAUGACAUUAACAUACCACGGCCGACAGUUGAUGGAAGAUAUCUUGCGAAUUACGAAGGACCGAUCGAUUUUGCUGAUGACUUCGAUCAGAUCAAAGAUGAGGUCAAAUGUGAAGAAGAAGAGACGGGCAGAGAAAAAGAAUCGGCACCGUGUGAACGAUUGGAUGACAGCGCCGCCGCCAACGAUGAUGACAACGAAGAGCCAAUUGGUGACGCCAUCGAUGUUAAACCUACGAAACCAGUCGGCAGAGGAAAGAAGCGAAAUAAAGCAUCAAAAAACCAGAGCAAACGAACGAUUCCCAGGAAUCAAGCGGCCAAAAAGCAAAAGAAAAGCAAAUGCCAUGUGUGCAAUCAUUUGGCAAGUAACAAUUCCAACCUCAAAAUUAUGAAUCUUAAAGUGUCCGUAUUUUUGUUACAUUUUUCCACCAUAUUGGCGCCAAUUGGCCACAAUGCUGCCAAAUUAUUUAUUGUUGCAGCGAGCGAUAUUGAGCCAACAGAGUUCGUAGCAUCGCACAAUGAAUUCGAUCGCCUAAAAUCAACAUCUAUUUUAUAUGGCGUUGUUGACAUAGCAUCAAAUCGUCCACAAGCGACACACCAAUGCCACCGAGAAUUGAAACAAAUCUAUGAUGGAAUUCAUCGGAAGGAAAUAUGGGCGAUAAAAGCUUUGGAUUCGUCUGCAAUGCCAGUUCCCGGAUUCGUUCUUGGUCACAACUUUUGGAUGGGUUCAAUACAAGGCUGUCACGCGGUACAAAACCCACCACCACUCACAAUAUCAAAUCGUUUCAAACGAUUUGCACAUAGUGAUUUGUGGUCGGCAACUGCACCAUUUGAUAUCGAUUAUCGAAUGGUUUACGCAGAGCAUCGUUCGCCGUUUCAAGUUCAAGUGGAAUUCCUGUUGGAGACAAAUAAAAUACUUCAUGUGGGGCUUUGUCUACCCCGAUCCUGUUCCAAUGGUGAAAUUGCCAAUUUGACGCAAGAAUUCUUCGAUUCAUCCAUAUUGAGCGCUCAAAUUAUGCACGAUCACCAGCCAAAUGUGCUGCAAGUUAAGGAUCUUAAUGCCAAAACAAAUUUGAUGGAUAAAUGGAGCUUCCGAUUGAUUGGAUUCUGUGUGGGUUUCUCAUUGUUAAUGAUGGUGAUCGGAUACAUGAGAGAAGGCAGUGCGUAUGAUGAGGCAGCAAAAACAGAGAACCCCAUUGAAACACGAAACGUGUCAUCUGGCCUUGUUAAAAAUUCUCCUUCAACUCCACCAGACUGUCCCAAAAUCAGUGCACCAAAGAAUCUGUUCCUCGAUGAAAUUGUCGAAUGUUUUUCGCUGCGAAAGAAUAUUCAAAUGCUUACCAAUUUUGAAACGCCCGCCAAUGCGGUGCCCAUCGUUGAUGGUUUAAAAUCGAUUGCUUGUUUUUCGGCUGUGAUUUUACAUGUGUAUUGGUACAAUCAUUUUACGGUGCAUAAUGCCGCGAUGAUGUUUUCAUAUGGUGAGCAGCCCUUGUGGCAGUGGGUUAUGACAGCAUCCACCAUUAUUGAUGUUUUCUUUACCAUUAGUGGUCUUCUGCUUACAUACAAUUUUCUGCUCAAUCAAUCGAAGCUGAAUGAAAUUAAAAACAAUAAUCUCUUACAAAAUUUGAAAUUGUUUGGAAAACAGAUGCUAAACCGGUACAUAAGACUGACGCCAAUGUAUUUGAUUGUUAUUGGCUGUGUGGAAAUCAUAACAUUGCGAUUGGUAGAAACAUCGCCGUUCUGGAUUCAUGAUCGAAACGAUGUAAACUGCAGUGAAUUUUGGUGGAGAAAUCUAUUGUAUAUCCAAAAUUUCUUUAGUUUAGAAAAAAUGGGUGUAAAUUGGUCGUGGUACCUGGCGUGCGAAAUGCAAUUCACCAUUUUGUCAACCGCAUUGCUGUUCAUUUAUGCAAAAUAUCCAAAUGCAGCAAAGCUAAUGUUCUGUUCGCUAUUUGCAAUAUGCGUUGGUUUGCUCUUUUCAGUCUCCAUCUUUAUAAAAUUCACACUCUCCUAUGAUGUUCUUCAUUCAUUACUAUCUGACAUUUAUAUUCGGCCAUGGACACGAGUCCUUCCGUAUCUUGUUGGAGUUGCAGCUGGCUAUGUCAUGUACAUGAUGAAGGGUAAAUUGCCCUUGGGUGAAAAAACCAUCAAAAUAACUUGGAUCGUGAUGAUAACAAUUCCUAUUCUUUGCCAUAAAUCGACAAUAAACCCUAACACAUCGUAUGUUACGACCGCGUUUGCGCUUACAAUCAUGCGUAUUUUGUAUCCGGCGUCAAUAUCAUGGAUGAUUCUGGCCAGUCAUGCAGGAUAUGGUGGCCGCUUUGCCAAGUUUCUAAACCAUCCAAUUUUCGUGCACAUCAACAAAUUGUCGUAUGGAAUUUAUCUGCUAAAUCCAGUUGUUAUCAUUUUGGUAUAUGGAUGGCAAGAUCACAGCACGCAUAUCGAUCCAGUUUCAAUGGUGGUAAUGACAACUGGAAUUAAUGUCUACAUUUAUCUAGCGUCGGUGGUGUUUUCACUCUUGUUCGAAAUACCAUACACAAAGCUUUCGGCAAUAAUCUUGAGGCAAUCAUCAUUAAAACGAAAAAUGGUGGCAUGUCCAUCAAAACCAACCGAACUAAUUGGAGCGAAGAAAAUGCUUUGA